AAAUGCGUUUUCGAUAAGGUGAAUCAAAAUAAAAUUUUGUUUAUUUAUUUUUAGAGAAUUUUCUAGUAAAAACCGAUAAUUGGAUAUUUUCUCAACAAGCAAAUUUCGUGCUAAAAUCCACAUUGAAUAGAAAAUGUGUAGUAGAACCAUCAUCACGAGAUAAUUCUGACAGACGGCAACGCAUGCGCCAUAGUGGUAAAAAAAGAAAAUGAAUGAUAUGUCAAAACAUUCAAACGAAAAGAGAAUAAGAAUUAAAAGAGAAAAUAAUGCAAGAUAACACAAACCAUCAUAAUUGAUUACAGCGAUUUACAUUACUCAUAAAACUUAUUCAAUAAGUUCAGCAUUUGAAUGGUGGUUCAAUUGUCUUGUGGCUUUCAUCAGGCUUCCCAAUGAUUUAUGCUAGGAAUUGAUCGUUUUUAUGUUGUUAUUUUAUUUUAAACGCACCGUUUGCAAGUGAAUUCUUCAGUUAACUGCUUGAAAAAAGAUUGUGUCAUUUUGUUUUUGUGACCGUGAAUUUGAUUUUUUACGUUCUUUCGCUACACAUUUUGCACAUUGCAUCGAAAAAGAAGAAAGAAACAACGCAAAAUUGCACUGCACUAGGCUGUAAUUUGUGCUAUUUUAUAGUUGAGCAAAAGCGAAAAAAAACAUUCAUCAUUACUCUGUUUAAUUAGGGUGUUUCGAUGUUGAUAUUUUUGAUUUUUCCACUGAUGCAAAUGCAGAUUAGCAUGUGAAAAUAGUUCGCGUCAUCUAUUUGCGUUAAUAAAUCUAGAGUAGCAAUAGGCUAAAUUAUUUUCGUCAAUUUUUUGUUUUAUGUGAGAACGAUGCGUUGCGAUGGUACGGCUUAUGAAGACUUGACACCACACGAUGAUGACGUCACGACAUCGGGUGUCACGCUAGACGAUGUGGAUAAGCGUGUGAUAUUUCUAAAUCGACCGCAGCCGCAAAAGUUCUGCAGCAAUCACAUAUCCACAGCAAAAUAUAGCUUAAUUAGUUUCCUACCAUCAUUUUUGUUCGAACAAUUUCGAAGGUAUUCGAAUUGUUUUUUUCUCUUCAUUGCCUUACUUCAGCAGAUACCUGAUGUUUCUCCAACGGGCCGGUACACCACAUUGGUUCCAUUAAUUUUCAUUUUAACUGUAAGCGCCAUCAAAGAGAUUGUUGAAGAUUUUAAACGGCAUCGAGCAGAUGAUGAUAUCAACCAUCGAGAUGUGGAAACAGUACGGAAUGGACAAUGGGUUGCCAUCAAAUGGCAAAAUCUCGUAGUCGGUGACAUUGUUCGAAUAAUCAAUAAUACAUUUUUCCCGGCCGAUAUGGUUCUGUUGUCAUCGAGUGAACCACAAAGUAUGGCUUUCAUUGAAACUUCGAAUUUAGACGGUGAAACCAAUUUAAAGAUACGGCAAGCUGUACCAGCCACAGCCGGAUUACUUGAGACUAGAGAUCUAGUGAAUUUCAACGGAACUGUGGAAUGUGAACCGCCGAAUCGACACUUGUACGAAUUCAAUGGCGUGCUAAAGGAGCGUGGCCAACUUGCUGUUGCUUUGGGGGCAGAUCAGAUUCUGCAGCGCGGUGCCAUCCUUCGAAAUACGGCUUGGGUUUUCGGCAUUGUCAUCUACACAGGACAUGAUACGAAACUUAUGAGAAACUCUACCUCAGCGCCAUUAAAGCGCUCAACUGUUGACAGACUGACAAAUACGCAGAUUUUGAUGUUAUUUAUAAUGUUAGUAGCUCUUUGCUUCAUAAGUGCUAUAUUCAGUGAGAUCUGGACGAAGGGUCACUUCCGAAACGAUUGGUAUAUCGAUCUUCUAAACAAGAAUUUCGGAUACAACCUUCUAACUUUUAUAAUUCUCUACAAUAAUUUAAUUCCAAUAUCACUUCAAGUUACAUUAGAAUUGGUUCGAUUUAUGCAGGCGCUUUUCAUAAACUUCGACGUGGAGAUGUAUCAUGAAGAAACUGAUACGCCAGCGAUGGCCCGUACAUCUAACUUGAAUGAAGAGCUUGGCAUGGUCAAGUAUAUCUUUUCUGAUAAAACGGGAACACUCACACGAAAUGUGAUGGAAUUCAAAAAGUGUUCGAUCGCUCGUCAUGUAUACACCAUUGAAGAUACACCUGAAGCUUCAUUACUUGUUCAGAAUAUUCGAAAUAAACAUCAAACUCUGCCGAUAAUCGAAGAAUUUUUAACACUCUUAGCAGUCUGUCACACAGUAAUUCCAGAAAAAGAUGAGAAUGGCAAGUUCAUUUAUCAUGCAGCUAGUCCAGAUGAACGUGCUCUCGUUGCUGGAGCCGCAAAUUUCGGUUAUGUGUUUGAAAUGCGGACACCGAACACGGUGGAAAUUGAUGCGCUUGGUAAACGAGAGCGAUACGAAAUAUUGAACGUUCUAGAGUUUACAUCGGCUCGAAAACGAAUGUCAGUCAUAGUUCGAAAUGCCAAAGGUGAAAUUAAGUUGUAUUGUAAGGGUGCUGAUACAGUGAUUUACGAACGAUUAGCGCCAAACGGACAAGCUUAUCGUGAUAUAACACUUCGACAUUUAGAAGAUUUUGCCACCGAAGGAUUGCGUACACUCUGUUGUGCCGUUGCCGUAAUACCAGAAGAUAUUUACACAGAAUGGAAGGAGACAUACCAUAAAGCAUCAACUGCCAUGCAAUAUCGCGAACGAAAAGUUGAAGAUGCGGCCAAUUUAAUUGAAAAUAAUUUAAUACUUCUCGGUGCCACAGCCAUUGAGGAUAAACUGCAAGACGGUGUACCUGAAACAAUAGCGGCUCUACUCAAGGCAGAUAUCAAUAUGUGGGUGCUGACCGGUGACAAACAGGAAACAGCAAUCAACAUUGGAUAUUCGUGCAAAUUAAUUUCACAAGGAAUGGACUUGAUUAUAUUGAACGAAGAGAGUUUGGAUAACACACGCGAAUGCAUCGGUCGCCAUAGUGCCGAUUUUGGUGAGCAUUUGCGAAGCCAGAACAAUGUCGCACUAGUUAUUGAUGGAACAACGCUAAAAUAUGCCCUGAGCUGUGAUCUACGUCGUGAAUUUUUGGAUUUAUGCAUUUCAUGUAAAGUGGUGAUUUGUUGUCGGGUGUCGCCAAUCCAAAAAGCCGAAGUUGUCGAUUUAGUCACAACAAAUACGAAAUGUGUAACACUGGCCAUCGGAGAUGGUGCCAAUGAUGUGGCCAUGAUUCAAAAGGCACACGUUGGUGUUGGCAUCUCAGGCUGUGAGGGCUUGCAAGCAGCGUGCGCAUCUGAUUAUUCAAUAGCACAAUUCCGAUUUUUAUUGCGGCUGCUGCUGGUACACGGCGCAUGGAAUUACAGUCGAAUGUGCAAAUUGAUUUUGUACAGUUUUUAUAAGAACGUAUGUUUGUAUGUCAUUGAAUUGUGGUUUGCCAUUUACUCUGGAUGGUCGGGUCAAAUCAUUUACGAACGCUGGACAAUCGGUUUGUAUAAUGUAUUCUUUACGGCUUUGCCGCCAUUCGCCAUUGGUAUCUUCGAUAAAGUGUGUUCAGCUGAGACUAUGUUAAAAUAUCCGGCUCUGUAUAAACCAUCGCAAAGUGCACAGCUAUUUAAUGUACGCGUUUUCUGGAUUUGGAUUUGCAACGCGUUGAUUCAUUCGGUAAUCCUUUAUUGGGCUCCAGUGCUGGCAUAUGGCAACGAAACAAUCUGGGGCAAUGGCAAAAGCGGUGAUUAUUUAGUUCUUGGCAACAUUGUCUACACGUACGUCGUUGUCACGGUUUGUCUGAAAGCUGGUUUGAUCACCAAUCAUUGGACUUGGCUCACACACCUCUCAAUCUGGGGAUCAAUUCUUCUGUGGUUUUUGUUCAUGAUUAUUUAUAGUAAUUUUUGGCCAUCAAUACCAAUAGCCGCUGUGUUCGCUGGCAUGGAUAAACUGAUCUUUUCAUCGCCCGUUUUUUGGCUAGGUCUAUUUUUAAUACCAAUGGCUGCAAUACUAUUUGACGUCACUGUAAAAGCUCUUCAAAAUUCGGUCUUCAAAACAUUGACUGAGGCGGUGCGGGAAUCGGAAAUCCUUAAGCACGAUCCAAGUUUUGUCCUCAAAGAAUCUAGAUCAUCAGGACAGCCUGUAGCGCUAUCUUGGCGACGACUAAAUACCAUAGCUCCACUACCAAAUAUUGUUGAUGCAUGGAAUAAUACGCACAAUAACAAUCUUAGUAACAGUAACGAUAUACACAAUCACUUAUGAACAGAAACGAACAGAACAAACGUGAUAACGGACAUUUAGGAAAGUGAUCGGACCUGAGCCAAAACAUAUCAUGAACAAUCGCAGUUAAAUUUUAUAACCGAAAAUUAAAGAAAAACAAAACCAACAGACAACAGACAAGUGCAUUUACUAUCUAGUAUCCAGAUGCACACUAAGAACUCAAUAGCUUAAAUAUGACUAAUGUAAUUUUAACAUGUCGGAAUUUAAUCAUUCAAUAAUUUAGUAUUGGAAUGGGAUCAAAGCGAUUCUUCUCGUUGAAAAAAUCAAUCAAAAAUCUAUACAUUAUUUUCUAAUAUUCUUUUUUCCGUAUUAUUCGUAUAUGUUCACCAUUCUUAGUAUGUCGUUGUAAUCGAAAACAAACCGCACCGUCCUGCAAAUGGUACAAGAAUAAUCUUUUGCAUAAUGUCCGUUUGUUUUCUAUUAUCAAACACUUUCUAACCUUUUUACGUGAAUUCCAUCUGUUGAAAGUAGUCAAGAGUUGAAAACAAUUUAGCAUUAUUGAUUGUAAAUAAUACAAUAUUUCGCCGUAGAUAAACGCACAAAAUAUCAUAACUUCCAAUUAAAUUUGUUUCAAUGCAAAGGUAAAUGGCAAAUAAUUGCUGCAAAAAAUUGAUUUAAUUUGCGAAAAAAAAACAAAAAAUCUUCUUAUUACGUACAUUUCUUCCAUUUUAUUUAAAUCUCGAGUUUCUGUUCGAAUCUCGAGAAAAAACGCUCAAGAAUUUAUUGUAUUUGCAAGUAAAAUUCAGUUCCAAGACAUAUUAAAAAAUUCAUAACUGCCUUACGUAAAUAUGAAGCCAUUUAUUUUUACUUUGAAAUAUUUCAUUAUAAAAAUUUCGCACACAAUUUCAAAAAUAUGUUUUUCAAACGUAAAACAUUAGAAUCGAAAUUUAGAAUAAAGAAAAUCAAACGAGAUAUUCAAGAAGUAAUAGCGAUAUUUGAAUUGCUUGUAGAAUUUAGUCGUAGUCGCACAAGACAUAUUUUUGAAUAUUUCGAUUCGAUUAGAUUUGAUAAGGCAUUUUGGUAAUGGUCCCAGGUCAAAUCUGUCAAAAAAGAUGAUUUUCAUCUUGUCCAUUUUUGUUUCUUUGGAAACAGUUAUUUUCCUCGGUUUUAGAAUGGAGGUAGUAAUUAUCAUGCAAGUGCAUUAUUUUGCAAGCAAAAUCUGUAUUGAGACAUAGCCUUUACCAAUGUAAAUGUCUGAAAUAGCAUUUGUGAUUUUGAACUGAACAAAUUUGCCACAGAAAAGUUCGCGUUAUUGGUGAGUUUAAAACGAAAUUGACCCUCUACACGUGCUUAGGUUAAAAUGGACAUAGUACAGCUUCGAAUCUAUGUAUGUGACACUGUGUGCGUAAACAAAUAUGUUCACUUUCGAUAUGUUGAUGACAGCUUCAAAUUUGCGGCUAUGAAAUCCAUACUGACGACAACAUUCGAUUUUCCUGCCUCUAGUGGUCAUACUCACAAUACACGUUGAGCGGUCAAAAUAUUCAAACAAUACAGACACGCUAGCAUAGGACUUAUACGGUUUGCGCGAAUGGAUUCUUGAUUAUUGGCCAUGCAUACGCUUAUGUGAUUGAAAUUUUCAACUAUCACCACAAGCGUCGUCUCAGUAGAGCUCUUCUUAUGUUUACAUUGGAAAUACGUGUUAUUGUUGUUGUAGAUUCAUCGCCGUGUUCAAGUUGUACCGAGUCAAGAGGGUGUCUUGGCGUCUCACAUCAAAUCUGUCCCAUGUAUUUAUAUAAGAACAAAGCGAUCUUACCUCAGACCUGCCGAUUCAUAAAUGUUGUAUUGACAUAAUCGAUCGACUCAAGUAAAUACAAUUAAAAAAGUAACUUCAUAGUGUACUAAUUGGAUUUUACACUUCAUGUAAACCGUACAAAAAUACUUACUUAAACGCCAAAUAAGCUAUUUUUUCCAAAAAAUUCUAAACAUUUUUUCAUUCAAUUAAAAACAAAUAUGACUUUUGGUUAAAUUUCUUCCAAAAAAAUAUGACACUUCUAAAAAAAAAGAUGACGUCUGGGAUCAUUACAUUUAGGCUCAAAAUUAUUAUCUGUUCUUGAAGACAAUUUUCUGUUGGUGGCAUUGAAAAAUACUCACACAUUGGUGAUUUAAAAUCGGGUUUAGAUUUCACGGGAUUUUGGAAUAUAUUUUAAUCUAGUCACAAAUACUAAAUUGCACGAACAAAUGCGUUUCAUUGAAAUGAUAUCAAUAACCGUGUGGGUGAAUUUAAUUGGAACGUGCUGACUUGAAUGUAUUAAAUGGCUAGAGAAAUAAAAAACAAAUUCAAUUUAGAUUCAUUUUUUUCAAAGCCUAACUAAACCGACAUUACGAUUAGAUUAAAUACAAAACAAUCAAUAAAAUUAAUAUUACGUUCAAUGAAAUUGCCAGGUUGAGAAAAUAACUUUGACAAAUUGUCAAUGACAAUAUAGGCAAUAGAAUUGCCAAAUUAGAAAAUAAAUCUGACAAAAUGGGUAAAUUUGACAAUAGCAAGCACCAAAUAGAUAAAUUUACGUCAAAUUUAUUGCAAAAAAUGUCAAUUUUAUAACCAUUUUGUCAGAUUUAUUUUCUAAUUUGACAAUUCUAUUGCCUAUAUUGUCAAAAUUAUUUUCUCAAUCUGGCAAUUUCAUUGAACGUAAUGUUAGUUUUACUGUUUGUUUUGUUACAUUUAUUUCGAAUUGUUGUCAAUUUUGUUGAAUUUUUUUUUGUCAAUUUUAUUGCCGUUUUGUCAUUUUUAUUGGCGAUUUGUAAAUUUUAAAGGAGGAUCCGUAAUGAGCCUUACGAUUAUUAUUAGGUUUCAAUGAGCGCAAGUAUAACAAUACCACCAUGAAGAUUGCUAAACUCAUUUGUAAAAGUCUUCGAAAACACUUUAUUGUGGAAAAAAUAAGUAUUUCGGACCGGAUUUCAAAACGCCUAACGUUGCAGACAGUCAUAAAACGGACAAUUUACAAACAAAAUUUAUACAUUCCAAAUAUUUAUCUAAUUUUUAGUCCACGUUGAAUAUUUUAUUUUUCAUUUGUUUGCAGUCAAUGCAAUUUAUUCAAUUUUUCGAAUAAAUCUUAUCGAACGGCAAACACAAUCGAUUCAUUAAAAAAUCGUUAACAAAUUAUUAGGUAUUUUAUAUAAUUUUUACUAUUAUGAUUUAAUUUCUGUAAUUUGAUUACUAACCUUUCUUUAUGUUUUGUUUUUUUGUAGUAGUUAUUAGUAUUUACCGAUUGAAUUAAUUGAUGGAUUUCCAAAAGAAAUUCAAUUUUGAAUUGAUAUAAGUCAAUAAGGACCGUGCAACGCGAGCAUUUUUCGUCUGUUUUUUUUUGGAGUGAAUUAAAACUAUUUGAAUCAAUUAAAACUAAUAAUUUGCUAAGUGUGUGAAUAUUACGCUUUAAGUUUGUGUUUUGUUUUUCAUCAAAGAAUUAUUAUAUUGUUGACACGAGUAGUUUGAAACCAAAAUUGUUAAUUAAAUGCAUGGAAAAAAUGGAAAUAAAUGAUUCAAAACACAAAA